CUAUCCAAUCAUCUCCCAACUAUGGCUCUUGUCUCUGCAGAAGUACGUCUUCUACAAAUGUCCGAAGGAAGUGAAGCCCCCGGAGGACUUGCAGGAUCUAGGGGUGCGCUUCCUGCAGCCAUUCGUCAAUCUCCUGUCCAAGGGGACGUAUUGGUGGAUGAACACGUUCAUUAAGACGGCGCACAAGAAGCCCAUCGACCUGAAAGCAAUUGGAAAGCUGCCCAUCGCCAUGAGGGCCGUGACUAAUUACCUCCUGCUUAACGAGGCCUUCAAAGCACAAAAGAGGAAGUCUUCUCCGUGUCCGGCGGGGGUGCGCUCCAUCUGGUACGCGCUCUGUCACGCCUUCGGCCGCCCGCUUGUUCUCAGCAGCAUCUUCCGCAUCCUGGCCGACAUGUUGGGAUUUGCUGGUCCGCUCUGUGUGUCCGGGAUCGUCCAUCACCUGAGCCAAGAAAACGAGACCUUCCACCCGCGGGUAAGGGUCAGCACAGCCGAGUUCCUGGCGAAUCCCUACGUCCUGGCCGUCCUCCUCUUCUUCGCUCUCCUCCUGCAGAGAACCUUCCUGCAAGCUUCAUACUAUGUCGCCAUUGAGACCGGGAUCAACCUGCGAGGAGCCAUACAGACGAAGAUCUAUAGGAAGAUCAUGCAUCUCUCCACCUCCAACAUGUCCAUGGGGGAGAUGACGUCCGGGCAGAUCUGCAACCUGGUGGCCAUCGAUACCAACCAGCUGAUGUGGUUCUUCUUCCUGUGCCCCAAUCUCUGGGCAAUGCCCGUCCAGAUCAUAAUGGGGAUCAUCCUCCUCUAUUACAUUCUGGGGAUCAGUGCCUUAAUCGGAGCCGCCGUCAUCAUAGUUCUGGCGCCGGUCCAGUAUUUCGUAGCCACAAAGUUGUCACAGGCCCAGCGCAGCACUCUGGAAAAUUCUAAUGAGCGUCUGAAGAAGACCAAUGAGAUGCUGCGAGGGAUUAAGCUGCUGAAGUUGUAUUCGUGGGAGCAGAUUUUCCGCGGCAGCGUGGAGGAGACGCGGCAGAAGGAGCUGAGCAGCCUGAAGGCCUUCGCUUUAUACACCUCCAUAUCCAUAUUUAUGAAUGCCGCCAUUCCCAUCGCCGCUGUGCUCAUAACGUUUGUGGUCCACGUUCACCUCCUGAGCCACCGCGACUUCUCUCCGGCCGUGGCCUUCGCCUCCCUCUCCCUCUUCCACAUCCUGGUCACGCCGCUAUUCCUCCUGUCCAGUGUGGUCAGGUCCACCGUGAAAGCUCUGGUCAGCGUCCAGAAGCUCGGCGAGUUUUUCUCCAGCGAGGAGAUCGGAGAGGAAACGGAUAAAUCUGUGCCGUACCGGAAGAGGGGACCCCACAAGUACCAGGCCGUGCCACUCAAAGUUGUAAACCGUAAACGGCCAAUCCGAGAAGACUGGAGCGCGUUCACCUGCCAGCAGAGAGGAGGCGCCGACAACCCAGAGGAAAACGAGUUCUGUAUAAAGAUCACCAAUGGAUUUUUUACUUGGACUCCAGACGGAUCUCCGACUUUAUCCAACAUUGACAUCCGGAUUCCCCAAGGUCAGCUGACCAUGAUUGUCGGGCAGGUCGGAUGUGGGAAGUCAUCACUCCUGUUGGCAACGCUGGGCGAGAUGCACAAGAUUUCGGGUGAUGUCUUCUGGAACAGCAGCGUCCCCGACAGCGAGACCGGCGAGGACGUCAGGUGAGGAACGGGGGAGGG